AUGUUGUCACAAGGUACACUCAUUUCCCUGGCCGUCCGUUCUUGCAGGAAUUGGGCAUGUUUAAACCUCCGGGGCCCGAAAUUUUCAAACUCCAGACUAGCUCCAUCAGGCAUCAUCACCACUCAUCACCAAACCCGUUCAAUAUCGACAGCCCCGAUAAACUCUGGAGAGUACAUCGGCGAGUCUGGCCGGAGCUACAAGAUCGAAAAGACACUUCAGGAGGAGACAUUUCCUCCACGCCGGGUUUGCCUUGCUAACGCUGCCAAUGACAAGUUCAUCCUGAAGUACAUCCAUCCAGUUAAUUUCAGUGACCUUCGGGAAUUAAACCGUAAACUACGCGAUGCUAGCCAUGUCCGUCUCCCGCAAGACAUACUCCCAGAGAAAUCAAUGUUCGUUUUUGAGUGUUUCACUGGCCAUCUCUUUCAACUUGCUCAGAAUGAUCUGCCUCUACAAGUCACCAAAAGGAUUCUUAAAGAUGCCCUCCGUGGGCUAGCGGAGCUCCAUAACAAGGAUAUUGUCCAUACGGUAUACCAUGUUGAGCGAGUCCAGCUGGGGGAUCUCGAAGAUGCUGCUUACAUUCCUCCCGGGUCAGCGAUGAUUGGAAAACAAGCAGGAAACGAGAUGUGGAGAAGUCCCGAAGCCCAUGCAUCAGGGCCUGUGAAUAAACCAUCCGACAUCUUCUCUUUUGCUCUUGUUUGCAUCUAUGCAGUACACAAACGGGUCAUCUUCGCUGUUGGGGAAGAGGAGUUGGGCGAAAGGAUAAACCCGCUGUCUAUUAUAUUAGAACGGCAAAUUUCAUACUUUGCAAAUGAAGAUGGCAUAGAUGGGCUUGUGAAAUACCUAGGAGACAGUCCUUGGGUCCACAUUUUCCAAGUCAUCCGAGAUGGCUUCAACAGCGACAACCCACGUAGGCCGUUUGCUCUUUGGAAGGAUGUUGAUGAGUAA